CGGCUGCUCCCACAAUUCAACAGGCAACAAAGGAAGAGGCCGUGAGCUGCCAAGUGUUAGCCUGCACAGAAACAAAGAUGCUGCCUUGUUGGCUCAUUCCACUCGGAAACGUCCAAAGCAACGUUUAGAGAAGUACCAGAUCCGGCUGUAAAGGCGCUUCAUACUUUCGUUUUGACACAGAAAAUGACGGAAGGGGAUAUAAGGGGAAUGUUUUCGACAGAAAACGUUCACAAAGCUAGCUAGCUAAUUGGCUUAUGUAGAGGCGUAGCUAACGUUAGCCAAGCUAACAUUAGCCAACAAUCGUCAAGGAACAAACACCUUUCAUUAACAUGUUCUAACGGUGGCGACACAGAUGCCAAUAACGGUGGGUUGUCUUUGCUCCAAAGAGGAGCGGAAGUGAUCGGCAUCAAAUGAAAGAGGGUGGUGGAAGUGGAACCUGACCCAUCCAACUGAGUCACCAUUUUCCUGCACAUAACGAGCUUGAUGACCCCGCUGUAUGCAUGACUUGUUUAAUGUUGCCUGAUGGAAGGAUACUGUGGAUAGUACUUUCAUCAGGAUAUCAGGAAAGUCACCCCAUGCCCCCUCUUUGGCGGGCUUGUCAGAAUGAAGAAGAUAAGCCUUAAGACCAUCCGCAAGUCCCUCAGUAUAAAGGGUAAGGAGGAGGGUGACUUUGUCAUGCUCCAGCAGCCCUCAGUGACUUCAGAGUUUUCUAAGGAAGAGUCCCUUUUUGGGGGAUGCUACACCAAAGAGCUCUCUGGUUGUGAUCUUGGUGGAGAAGAGGACAAAGUGGGGCAGAGUAAGGGCCGGUCCAAAAGUGAGAGCCUGAUGGGGUCACUAAAAAGAAGGCUGUCUGCAAAACAGAAAGCAAAAGUGAAAGGCGGCUCCUCUGCCGUAGACUCAGUCGACGAUGAUGACACCUUCUCAUCCUCUUCUGUUCCCAUCGGUUUCAGUGAUGUGAAAGCUCAGAGACCACUUAGAUCUGCGUCUUUACGGAGUCACCAUUAUAGCCCCUCACCUUGGCCUCUGCGGCCUGUCCACUCUGACGAGGCGUGUAUUAAGAUGGAAGUAAAAGUAAAAGCCAUGGUUCACUCUCCUAGCCCCAGUCCAAACUUGAAUGGUGUCCGGAAGGAAUUUCAUGAUUUUCAGAUGGAAGGGCUCUUUCAGGACCAAGCAGAAUCUUUAAAGAAUCUUCAGCAGCCCCAAAAUGGCGAGCUGCAUCUAAACAUUGAUGAAAAUGACGUGCCUGUUGUGUUGGGGUUAACACCCCAGGACUACAUCCAUUAUACAAUGCCUUUAGAUGAGGGAAUGUACCCUGAAGGGUCCCACUCCUUCUGCCUAGACAGCUCCUCUCCUAUGGAGGUGGUGACUGAAGCAGACAACGGGUCCCUCCAUACAGACCAUGGACAAGAAGAACAUGAACUGGUUAAUACAAUGCCUUCAGAUCUCUUCAUGGAGACCUCAGUAAGUAGUCUUCUCAUCGGCUCUGCCAGCGUGAUGCUCCAAAGUUCAAAAGUAGAGGUCCCGCCUCCCCUCUCUCCGCUCCUGUCACCUAUGACAAGUAAUGGACACACCCCCAGGACAUUUUCGGGGUUUGGAUCUUCUGACAGCCAAGUAGCUGAAAGGGUAAGACAUCACCUCAACUUUGACCCAAAUUCAGCUCCUGGUGUUAGCCGGGUAUAUGACUCAGUCCAAAGCAGCGGACCCAUGGUUGUGACCAGCCUGACAGAAGAACUAAAGAAGCUGGCGAGGCAGGGCUGGUACUGGGGCCCUAUUACACGCUGGGAGGCCGAGGAAAAGCUGGUCAACUUGGUUGAUGGCUCCUUUCUGGUCAGAGAUAGUUCAGAUGACAGGUACCUGCUCAGCCUGAGUUUCAGGUCACAGGGCAAAACCCUCCACACCCGCAUUGAACACUCCAAUGGACGCUUCAGCUUUUAUGAACAGCCUGAUGUGGAAGGACACACAUCUAUUGUUGAUUUAAUUGAACACUCUAUUAGAGACUCGGAGAAUGGAGCUUUCUGCUAUUCCAGGUCCCGCCUACCAGGGUCUGCGACCUACCCUGUCAGAUUAACCAAUCCAGUAUCUAGGUUUAUGCAAGUGCGGUCCCUGCAGUACCUUUGUCGCUUUGUCAUUAGACAGUACACAAGAAUAGAUUUGAUCCAGAAACUGCCCCUACCUAACAAGAUGAAAGAUUAUCUGCAGGAGAAGCACUACUGAGUUCACACACAGGACAGUGGUAACAAUUUGCACUUUUGUGUUCAUUUAAGAGAUUUAACAAGGUUUACAGGCAACCACAGUUUUGAGAAGAUUGCUUCUGGUUUCUGUUGAUUUGUGUCCAGGUGACUGCCACCGUUUGGUCCUCCAUUCCACUGCUCUGGUGUUUUUCACUAGUUUUAGAAGGCUCUACUAGCGUUUAAAAUUGGCCAGUGCCUAAUCUAAUAUAACAAUAUAUUGGAGGUAAAUAUCCUUAGGUACAUGCAUUAAUUGCAGACAUUAGGCAUGCAUUGUUAUGUAUUGUGUAAUAGCCAUAAGUGCAAGUAGAGCAGAGCCUCAGUGCAUUAGCUUCAGAAUUAAAGAUGGGUCAGUAGGAAAAUCUCAAUUAAAAAAACAGAUCCACUAAAUUGUACAUGCCAAGUGUUUGGCAGACUGACCGGUGUUAAUCAGCUUUUGCAUUUUAUCAUUAACCGGAUGGUCUCUUUCCGCAUGGUCAGACAGGAAACCAGAACAUCAUUCAGCAUUCAUACUGUGUAGUUACUCAUAACAAGGGUGGAGCGUCUCUCAUGUUCACCUGAGGAAAAAAAAUCAGUUUUGCUUGAAAGUAUUAACAGAAUUCUUUACGACUGUCAAAGUACAUUACACUUGCUUCUGUUUGCCUACAGCUGCAUGUGCUUAGAUUUUGAGUCAUGUUUGAUACUUACAGCUGUUCCUGUACACAAACAUUAAUAGAAAUAGAUUUUUAUCGGUUUUUCUAUUGAUUUCUAACACUAACCACAGUACUAUAUCAGUAAAUUGUAUCAAAUCCUGUAUAGGAUCUCAAGGCUUUUUCAGGUCCAUCAUUACCAUUGUGUUAUAAAGGUUGUCCAGAAUUUGCUGGUCUGUCGGGGGCUUCAUUAAACAGUUGGUCAAAUGAAGUAGCUUUAAAUUGUGUGGCUGCAUGCAGCCAUUAUUUGAUUUGCAAACCUAAAGGUACUGAUGAUGCUGGAUUUUAAUGUGCUAUUUGUAUAAACUGCAUCGAGGCGAUGUAUAAAACUUUUUGAAAUAUAUUAGCAUAAAAAUUUACAUGUUUCUGCAUUAGGAAUGUUACAAAAACUGUACUGCAGCUCAGGCCUAACGACUUUGUUAGUAUCUGUAAUUGUAUCUGCAUGUAGUGAAGACUUUAAGACUGUCGCCUAAGGAGGCGGUAGAGUUACUCUGAAACAAGAGAUGAUGUCAUGUUAAAAUAGUUGAAACCAUGUUGACUGUGUGUCAAAGCGCAACUCUGAAUGAAGUGUUUCAUGCACAAUUACCCCUCACAAGUGAAAAGCAGGCCAAUAGUCAAUUGACGCAACGCUGUCUCUGGGAGGGCUGCUCCUUAAACUCCCAAUGCCAGCAAUGAGCUGGAUCCAGAUCAAAGCAAUCCCCAAACUGGCGUGAGCUUAGGUAAACGGAUUUGGGAAAACCAGGGUUAAGUCCUCUUUGCCAUCUCGGGGCCGUGGCAGGUGUUUCAGCAUAUGAUAAAAGUUCCAUUACAGCUGAAUGACAAAAAAAGAAGAGCAUACAGUGUUACAAUUUCUUAAUCACAUUGUCCACUAGUCCAUACAGAGAUGCACUGCUCCACAGGUUCUCUGUGCUGGAGUAAGGGGGAAAAGCACAGUAUGCUACACAAGUGCUUUAUAUGGAUACUUUGACAGGGAAAUUGUGUUUUCACCUUAUGAAUGAGCAUCUGUUUUGACAUCAGCGUCCUUAAAAGUAUUUGUAGGUUAGCAGCGCAUAGUUCUAGUUUUAGUUAGCUGGAAAUGUUGGUGUCUGAGGAUGUUACCAUGAGUGUAGCACAGCAGAAAUUAGAUAGGAACUUUUGAACGGUGUUGCAUGUUUAAAGGCGUAGCAUUUUCAGGCUUUGAGUUGUGUAGGAAUGAAGGAUCUAGGCUGUGUGGCUUCUUCUGUCACAAGCGUUGGCUCGACGUUCUCUGUGAAAGAAAUGUAUUGUUUUAGAAGCCUUUAGUCAGUUUUUAUUUGUGACAUUUGCCAUCUGUGGGGUAGGACUGUACAAAAGGAAUGUACGCUUUCAUUGGUGGGAUCCGUGGUGUUUCUGUCUAACCAGGACCAGAAAGCAUAAGAACCAUUAAAACUGCAUUGACCAUUGUUUUUGCACUUGAAUAAUCUCCACUGACGUGCUUAGAUCCUCUCCUGCCAAGAGUUGUCCCAAUGGCUGGCAAUUAGAGAAAAGAAAAAGUCACACAUCUGUCCUCGCGUGUUCAUAUAACUGCUUAGAAAUUAAGACGGAUGGUUUUUGUCUCUGUCAUAUUUGUGGGAUACAAAGGGUCAAGGCACCAGCACCAUAUCGUAGCCUCCGCUAAUGCUAACGGGCUGUCAAGGAAUGGGAUCAUGGGAAGAACAUGAGUAGAUCAUUGAUCGUCAUCUUUGGGGUGCGUGUUUCAGUUGAAAUGUGAAAAUGUUAGUCUUCUUUUUUAAAGUAUGUUCUCUUGGUUGUAUUUCUACUUAAGUUUGCCGUUUGUCAUAUGUACGCGCAGGAACCGUUUCACAUAGUGUGGCUGCUGUGAUUCCUUGUUUCUAAAUACUUUAGUUUCUUCUUGAACAUUAUUGCCUUCAAUGGUCGAUUCCAGAGGUUGACGCUUGUUCGGACUGCUGACGCAUUUUGAAUUAAUAACAGCUGUUUAGCACUUAACAAGCUCAGUGAUUUUAUUUGUUUGCAUCUUGAUGAGUGAAGGUGACUGUUUACAACAUUGUUUGGAAAUGCCCCACCUUCCCGUUUUUAACCCUUCUUUUACAUGACUAUCUUGGUACAAUUUGAGGACUCUUUAUUUCAUUUUAAUGUGUUAUACACAUUUGUGCUGCUUAUGGAUAUGAUUGCCUUUCUUGUAUUUAACAGUGGAGGGAGGGGGGGGUUAUAGAAUGUCACCAAUGUAUAUGUAUGUACAUGUAAUGACUUUGGUUUCAUCUUGGGAGAGCAAAGCUGAUUUGCUGUUCGUUAACGGCCAUAGUCAGUUAAAAAAGCAUUAGUAGCGAUUAGUGAACCCUCUGUAGAUUUCAGUUCAUUACAGUUUACAUUGGUUGUCAGCUGUCAACUUUCCAAAGUAGAUGGUCUUUUUGUAUUUUUCUUUUGGAAAAAAAAUCAGCAGUGAUUUAUUGCACAUUUUUGGAUACAGUUCAAGAGUUUUUUGUAUCUGCCAAUUAUAAAUUAUAAAUAAAAAACUAUAUUCUAAAAAAAA